UUGUGCUGUAUUAUAUUUAAAUGUCUGACAGCGGUGUGAUUUAUUUAGCUCCGAAGUAAAUGCUAUGAUAAUGGUCGGUAUAUUUAUAUUGAAUAAGGGAGGGAAGAAAUUCCGUUUGAAUUGCCGUCACUUGUCGCGCUGCUUGAUUGCUCUUAACUCCCCCUUGCGUUUACCGACGGUACUAAAUUAACGUCUUGGCGAAGUUUGUCAACGAUCAUGAAGGGAACCGUGGAAAAUGCUUCGAAUAGGCGUCCGAGACGGGGGGAUGAGAAAAAUCAGGCUAGCACGAAGAAACCGUUCGACAAAAAGAAGUACAGGGCGCAAAAGUACAGCAACAAAUACAAAAUUAAUCAAUGGGAGGAGCGCAGGAAAAAAGCGAUUCUACGAGAUUAUUACAAGGAACGUGAGAAGAGCGAAUGUCAACGACCGAAGCAACCGGUUUCAUUGAAAAGUGAUGAUCCGAAUGGAAAUAGUCAGCAGUCACAUCCGCCGAAGAUAAGUGCAUUUCAUAAAGCUAAAAAGGAGUUCUUGCGAAAGAAGGACGAGAAGAGGAAAAAAAGGGAGGAGGCUAUGCGUGUGAAAUCUGAACGAGAAGAGGCACUUAAGAAGUACAAGGAGAAAAGAAUGCAAACGUAUAAGAGACUUUCGAAAAAGACGAAAAAGGGUCAACCUGUAAUGAAAGACAGGUUAGAAAUGCUGUUGGAGAAAAUACAGCAACAGGUGUAAAAUAUUUGAAUGUGAUGCGUACAACACAAGGUUACCCACCUGGUUUCUUAUAUCUGUACAUAUGUUGACACGAAUCUUCA